AUGAUAAAGCGCCCGUACAUACCUAGCCUCACAGAAGAGAUGCAUAACCUUGGCAAACGAAGAGAAAAAGAAACUUAUCAAGUUCGUCAUGAACUCCAUACCGAUAUUAACGAGAAAAAAGAUGAUAACAGCGAGGGAAUCAAGAAAAACAGAAGUUAUGGAGCUUAUUUCGAAAACAGAAGAUACAACCAAUAUAGUGAGAAGAAAAAGAAGAUACAAGCAAGAUCAAAAUCAGCUUCGCAACAAAAUUCGUUAUCUGCAUAUACUCCCAAAUCACAAAUUGGAUUCGAGGUGAAGGGAGUGAGUAUUGCAGCAAAAUCAAUUGCACACGUUAAAAGAAAUAUUUUCGAUCAGAUCGAACCUCAUCCGAUUUCACCAGAUCUUUGUGUCGUAAAUCCAGGUGCACAUCCCUCCAAAGUUGCAUUUAAAGCUAGGACAGAAACACUUAAGCGAAUAGAAGAGAGAAGAGGUCCGCCGGAUGUGAAUUAUAACGAUAUAUUAGAGGUAUCACGUCAGCUCAAAAAGUUAGAAACCAUGAAAAACAUUCAAGAGACAUAA